AUGAAGCUGCCAAAGAAUAGAAGAAAACUUGCUUGUAGAGAAAUCAGAAAAGCAAAUAAUUAUGAACAAGUGCAGAGUGUUGAUACAGGGGCAAAUGGAAUAGUAAGUAACGAGAAUGAGGUGAAUAAUAUACUAGAGGGUGAUAGAGAAGAAUGUAAUAACACUAAUAUAAAUAAAAAAGUUUUCAGUGAACAAAAUGUAUAUGGAUAUAUACCAGAUAUGAAAUAUUCUAAAGAUGGUUAUAGAAAAGAAGGGAGCAAGAGUAGCACUAGUGUGGGUAAUCAGAACAGAGAACAUAUAGCACAACCAAAGGAUAAUUUCCAUAAAUCAUAUAUAAGAAACUCUACAAAUAAUUAUAAUCAAGUAAAUUACAUGAAAAAAACAUCGAAUGUUGACCACUAUGUAACACAUAAUAAUGCUAGUAGCUGGAGCAACUACGGAAAUGGACAUUCAAAAGAGCAAAAACAAUUUCUGAACAAAGAGUAUCAUAACCAGAGUAGUGGUAAUACUAAUAAUAUUAGCAAUACUAACAAUAUUAGCAAUACUAACAAUAUUAGCAAUACUAACAAUAUUAGCAAUACUAACAAUGCUACUAAUAUUAAUAUUAAUAGUAGUAGUAGUAAUAUUAGAAGUAGUGGUAGUAAUAUUAGAAGUAGUGGUAGUAAUAUUAGAAGUAACAAUAACAGCGAUAAUAAUUAUGGUCGCAUUCAGCACCCGUCCAGCAUGAACAGCCAUAAUUAUCCUCUACUUACGAUGAAUAGAAAUAGCAAGGAGUACACUAAUAAUGAUGAUAUACAUAAAUCUAAUAAUAAAUAUAAUGAUAAAAUAGGAAUUGUAGAAUCUGGAAAUGUCAAGAGAAAGACGUAUAUGUUUAACAAUAUUGCAGAUACAAGUGGAAAAAAAGUUACAAAAAAAUUAAGUAUAUUAGAAAUGGAUAAAAAAAGGGAUAGUGAUGUCAAAGCAUGUAUAGAAUAUUUUAAUUCUUUACGUAAAGGUAAUAAUACGGAUAUUAAUUCCAUACUUGAAAUUAAUAAUUUCAAAGAAUUAAAUAUACCUAAAGAACAUUUAGAAAAUGGUGAUUUUUAUAGAUAUGUAGAGUAUUAUAAAAAACAUAAUUUAAAAGAUUUAGUUAAUUUUUAUGAUGAAACUUAUAAGAUGAUAGAUAAAAAUAAACACACCAACUAUGAGAAUAAAAAAAAAAUGAGUAAUCCGAAUAAUCUAAACGAAGAUGAUAUAAGUCACGGAAAUAGCGAAAAUGGCAAAAAUGGAGAAAAUGACAAAAAUGACAAAAAUGAGACAUACAAUAAUACUAGCAGUACAACAAAUAUUGACAACACGUCAAAUUUUAAGGAUACAGGAGAUGCCAAAACUAAAAGAAAUAAACGCUCAGGAAAUGUUUCUCGUGAUGAUAAUUCAGAUGCAGAAGGAAAAUCAUUACAUAAAAAAAAAAAAACAAAAUGUGAUAAGGAUAAGAAGCCAACUUUUUACACUAUUAACGAUCUGUUCGACUAA